AUGGAGAGUUCACCGUACCCGGCUCACUUGGAUCAGCUUUCACCUCCGCUUUCCCUUCCGGAACACACCUGGGAGACGGAUAUGUCGCGCCCUACUUCUUCCUCGGAUGUCCACAACGCGGGCGAGGACGCAACGCCUCUGCCACAGCGGCUUGCCAAAAUAGCUCACAUGGUCUCGCAGAACGCCGAUGUGUCAAGUGAGGAUACGACCACGGUCCACCAGUGCCUCAACACUCUGGAAGCCCUGUUGGACCCGCGGCCAAAACUCACCCAGGAGGUCGUCAAAUGCCGACCCACGCAUAUCUACCCUGAAACUUCACACCCUGUGGCUUCCGCAGCCUCCUGCUCUGUCCCGAUGGAGGGCCGUGCUUCAUCCGCCUUCGACCCUUCGAGCUCGCAACUCAUAGCUCUUUUGAACGAAGUAACCGCAUUAAAUACCGACUUAAACCAACGCCGUAAAGAAUCCUCCCAAAUAUAUGAUCUUCUCAGGCGCGAGUGCCGAGGCCUGUCGCGACGGGUAUCGGAGCUGGAAAAUGAGGUCCACGAGCUGGAAACAGACAUAAUGGAAGGCUCAGCAGAGCGUGAAGCACUUCACGGUACGGUUUGCGGACUCGAGGCGUGGGUUAACGGAUGGCAGAACGAACGUAAACCGGGAGCAUCGCGACAAAAUAAAGGAAAGCGGUGGAUGAGGCGUAAGCCCGAAGAGCGCUAUGAGACAGAUGCAGAAGCACUUCUAGAGGGCAUAACCGCGUGGAUGCGUGGCUGGAAAGAUGUCGAAGAAGGUUUCCGCGUUCGUGAAAGAGAUCGGCAAGAAAGAAGGGAAGCAAGGCAAAGGCGUACUAGAUUAGCCACAAACUCUGCGGAUAACACAUAG